GCUGUUGCUAUCGUUGGGGUCCAGUUGGGCGAUAAUCUUUCGUGAUGAAGCGCCCGUCGUGCGAACCAGCUUGGGUCGUAUCCAGGGCAGUACGAUGACGACGUUUCGGGAUAAAACCAUUUACGCCUUUCGAGGCAUACCCUACGCUCAGCCACCAGUGGAGGAGCUACGUUUUAUGCCACCGGAACCUGUACAGCCUUGGGGUGACGAUGUGGUGCUGAAGGCUACUUCGGACUCGUUGGUUUGUCCGCAGACGGGUCUCACAAUUUUCAUGAGCGAGGACUGCUUGAAGAUAAAUGUCUUUACCAAGAGUUUCGACACUCUGUUGCCAGUAAUCGUGUACAUUCAUGGCGGUGCCAAUGUAUUGGGCAGCGGACACAGCAUCUAUGAGGCUGGGCCGCAGUACUUGCUCGAUCAGGAUGUGGUGUUUGUGGCCUUUAAUUAUCGUUUGGGCGCUCUGGGUUUUCUGAGCACGGGCGCUGCCACCGAUUUUAAAGGUAACUACGGCUUCCUAGACCAACAGAUGGCCUUAGGAUGGGUGCAGUCUCAUAUUUCAACCUUCGGCGGUGAUUCCCAAAAGGUGACCAUUCUCGGCAUGAGUGCCGGCUCUAUGGCUGUGAGUCUACACUUAACUUCGCCACUGUCCGAAGGACUGUUUCAUCGCGCCAUACUUAUGAGUGGCUCGGCCACGAACCAUUUCGAUAUCGAUAAUAUCUUCUGGACACGUAAACUGGCCCGCGAGGUGGGCUGUCCCAUGUAUGAUCCCACUGAUGUAGUCGGCUGCUUGCGUAAUAUUAGUUGGAAGCGCAUUGUCGAGGUCUGCUCCACCUGGGAGCCCUAUCAGUUUAUCAAUAUGAAGUGGAACUAUGAGAUCGAUGGACGCUUUCUGCCAACAUACCCCACCGAUAUAAUUGCCAGUGGCGCCUUCAAUCGCGUGCCAUUGCUAGUUAGCUUUGCGGCUAAUGAACUGGACUAUACGGUAAAUAAGCAUCUGGAAAACAAUCAUCUGCUGCACGACAUCAAUGUGAACUUCAAUGACUAUGCCCCGGAACUAUUUCUAUAUAACUAUGAUGCUCGCAAGAGCAAAGUGUUGAAGCGCUUCUAUCUCGGCAAGGACGUGGACGAGAUCAAUGAGCAAAAUAUACAAAAGUUUGGACAGAUUUUCUCGGAUGGCAUCAUAGGCCAUGGCGUGCAUCGUUUGGUCGAUUUGGCCCGUCAGCACACGAACGUCUAUUACUCCCGCAUGGACUAUGUGGGGCAUCGCAGUCUUUCAGCGCCAAAGAAUGACAAAAAUGAGUUCGACGGUGUCGGCCAUGCGGAUGAUUUGCAAUACGUAAUGCCCGGUACUUGGUAUGGAAUGUUAUUGGACAAGAAUAGCAGCGAUGUCUUUAUGAUGGAACGUCUCACCAAAUGGUUUGCGUGCUUUGCCAAAUAUGGGCGACCAACUCUGAGGAGGAAAACGUGGCCAGCCUGCAAUGCGACCAGUUGUCAGCUGCUCUAUAAUGGUUUCGAGACUGAGUUGGGCGAACUGGCAUAUACUAAGCGUUAUGCCGUUUGGGAUAAACUAUUUCCCAAGCCCACCAAGCCAGGAAAAAGCGUUGCCGCUGUCGCUCAAAGCCAGCUUGCAGUUGCCAGUUUGUUGGCCAUACUCGUAUCGCUGCUCGUACUUUUGUGAAAAUUAAUGUAGCUAUUAGGUGUGGAAAAAGCUUAUCAAUAGGCCGUUUAGAUUACGCUAAUGACGUUUGCUCGCCUUUGAAUUUCCACUGUGAAUGCGUGUGUGUGUGUGUGUUCUCGGUGGAACUAUUUACUUUGAUUAAUUAAUCAACAAAGGCGUGAGAUUUUCUGUAUUUGAGUUGUGUGCGUGUAUCUGUGUGUGAGUGUGUGACAGAGUGUGUGUGUGUGUGUGGAGUUGUUACCCACUGCCUGUGGGCAAUUAGUCUUUGGGGCAGCUUAAAUAUACAUUAAUUUGUCUUUAAA